AUGACAUUAUCAUCAACAAAUCUUCAUCAAUUCGAAUUAUUAUCCAAUCGAUCUUAUCGAAACUUCUACCUCAGACAACACUUUAUUGAUGUAUUAAACAUAUCUCAUUCAUCAUUAAUACAAUCGAUGGUUGAAAAGCAUCAAUUACUAACGAAUUUAGAAGAAAUUCGAACUCGUCGGCGCCGACGAACAAUUACUUCGUCAUCUCUGUUAACAGUCCCAAUUCGAACAGUACAACCAACAGGUUGUUUAUCUAUAAAUUCGAAUAAGAUUCAAUCCACAUUUUCAUGGUCUGAUGCGAUCGACGGUUUCUCGUCGAUCGAACUCGUUUAUCACGUCAAUACGAACCAAAUAUCCAAGUCGUCCAUACCGUUGCGAAUCGUCGUGAAACAAUCGGACGAUUUGCGCGAAGUGUUCGCGCUGGAUACUAAUUUAGAAUAUGAUUCCGUGCGCGAAUUUUAUUUUCUUAAUAUUUAUGAUUACCUUCGACAAAUCAAACGAUCCAAUCUAAUUAUCGAAAGCAUUCUUUCUGAUCAAACGUGCUCUACAUCACAUUCGUAUUUAAUCCUAUCAUCAUUUCGUUCGAAUCAUCUAUCUUUUCACGAAGAAACGAAAUGUAAAUUAAAAUCUAUUCAAAUUCAAUUUGAAGAACUUGGUUUAGCUCAUUUAAUUAUUCGACCAAAAGAAUACACAUUUACAUAUUGUGACGGUUCAUGUUCAGACUUAACUCUUCAACAAGGAUCACUCCAUACAUUUUUACAAGCAAUGAUUAGUAAAAAGAAUAGUCAUGUACGUCAUCCAACUUGCGUCCCUUCACAAUAUGCUGAUGAUAAUUUUCUUCUUCGACAAACUAAUGGUGAUUUACAAAUCUAUCCUGUUAAAGAUAUUAUUGUGAAACAAUGUGCUUGUCUGUGA